AUGGAUGCUCAAGAGUUGAAAGAGAUUUACGCUUUCGCCGUGCAGCUGGGCAAGGAUGCUGGCGACAUGCUCAUGGCUGCAGCCCAGCGCCGCAUCGACGGCCGUGGCGAGUCGUCUACCUCUGUGUCAUAUGUCGAGAAGGAGAACUCGGUAGAUUUGGUUACCAAGACUGACAACGAUGUUGAGAACUUCAUUCAUACUACCGUCGCCAGCAAAUACCCUGAUCAUGGCUUCCUUGGAGAAGAGUCAUAUUCUGCUGGCGCAUCGCGAACCUAUCUCGUUGACGACCGGCCAACAUGGGUAGUCGACCCUCUCGACGGCACGGUCAACUUCACACAUCUCUUCCCCAUGUUCUGCGUAUCAAUCGCACUCGUCGUCAAGGGAGUCCCGGUCAUUGGAGUCAUCAACGCCCCCUUCCUCCGUCAAUUCUUCUCUUCCUGCACGGGACAAGGCGCAUGGCUCAACGAGACCCAACGGCUACCAUUGAUCCGAAACCCGAUCCCUCCCAUGCCAUCCAAUGCGCCCAGUGCAUGCACCUUCUCGUGUGAAUGGGGCAAAGACCGACGAGAUAUCCCAGAUGGAAACAUGUCACGAAAGGUUGAGUCUUUCCUAAACCUCGCCUCGGAACGGAAUGGACGAGGAGGCAAGGGUGGAAUGGUUCACGGCAUGCGAAGCUUGGGGAGCGCAACAUUAGAUCUUGCUUAUACUGCCAUGGGAUCAUUCGAUAUCUGGUGGGAAGGUGGAUGUUGGGAAUGGGAUGUUGCGGCAGGCUUCGCUAUUUUAGAAGAGGCUGGUGGUCUUGUGACGACUGCCAACCCUCCCAGCGAUAUAGAGACUGCCGAGAUUACAAGAGCCCACCUUGGAGCCCAGCAGGUCCUUCAGAAACAGAAAGCGGACGUCAGACUCAAGAGCGAACAGUGA